UCGUGAAAUACCAGCAGCCCCUCUAUAGUCAUUGUUGUGGGGUGUGUUAACAAAAAGAAGGGGUGCAAAUAUCAGGAUUUCAAGAAGAAAAGGAAAGAAAAAGAAGAAGCUCUGGUUCCUAUCUUUCUAUCUCUUUCCUUUCUUUUAUCUCUUGUAUUUCAUUCCAUCUCUCCUCUCCUUUUUUUUUUUUUUUUCCUGUUUUGAUUUAUAAGAAAGAAAGAAUCUGAUUCUGGGUGUUGUUUGGAUUUGGGAUUUGAGUGUUGGGGAUUUUGAGAUUCUGGGUUUUCUUUAUUGGGUGAAAAAGAAGGCGUCUGAAGAUUUGGGUUUGAGGGAUUUUGGGAUUUGGGUUUUCUUUAUUGAAUUGAAAAAUUGAGGUUUUUCUUUAUUGGAGCAGUUACAGAGAUUGUUCGGGUUUUCGGCAGUCGCAGAAAGACAGUAGAAAGGAAUGAAUUGGAGGAUACUUUGAUAAUUGGGAAGCGUUUUCCAGACUGCGAUUUGUGUUUUGGAUUGAGUUUUUCUUAUAUGGGUCUUUGGAAUUACGUUCCCAUGGGCCAUGAGUGAUUGAGAAAAGAAGAUGUAGAGGAGUCGGGAAGAAUGUUUUUUGGCGGUGUUUGUGUUUUGGCUUCAAGAACUUCCUGAGAAACACUAGCAAGAGUCCUAUAGACAAUUGGAGAGCUUUUUCUUUGGUCUGGAACUCUGAUUUCUUGAUUUGGGUUAGUAUUUGAUUCGUGGGAGAGUAGUAAAACCGGGACGGAUACAACCACAGAGACGUUUUUCUAGUGUUUUGGGGGGAUUUCGAUAGGGAGGGAGAUGCAGCGUGUUAGGAUUUCAUCCCACCAGGCUCCAGUUCACAAACUGGGAGAUUCUCAAAUAACGUUGUCGCCCAAGUUCAGAUUAGCCACCACCCAAUUCGCUUCUUUGUAUCGGCCAUCCGAAUCUGAAUUGUCAUUUGGCGGAGCACCUCUUAUUCCUGGCCUUCCCGAUGACAUCGCCCUCAAUUGCCUCCUUCGGCUGCCCGUCCAGAGCCACCCGACGUGCAGAUCCGUCUGCAGGCGGUGGCAUCAGUUGCUGGCAACCAAGGAGCAGUUCUUCAGUCGGAGGAAGGAGAUGGGCUUCCAGGACCCAUGGCUCUUCAUUUUCGCCUUCCACAAGUGCACUGGGAAGAUCCAGUGGCAAGUCCUCAACCUCAACCACUUCUCUUGGCACACCAUUCCAGCCAUGCCAUGCAAGGAUCGAUUCUACCCACACGGGUUUGGGUGUACAGCCAUUUCUCGUGAUGGCACUCUCUUAGUCUGCGGAGGCAUGGUCUCAGAUAUGGAUUGCCCCCUCGAGUUGGUGCUGAAGUAUGAAAUUCAUAGGAACCGUUGGACAGUGAUGAAUCCGAUGCUCAUGGCUCGGUCAUUCUUUGCGAGUAAGGUCAUCGAUGGGAUGGUUUAUGCAGCCGGAGGGAACAGCUCGGAUCUGUUUGAACUUGACUCAGCCGAGGUUCUGGACCCCAUCAAGGGGAACUGGCAACCGGUAGCGAGCAUGGGUGCGAACAUGGCUUCAUAUGAUGCUGCGGUUCUUGAUGGGAAGCUAUAUGUUACUGAAGGUUGGGUUUGGCCGUUCUUGUUCUCACCCAGAGGGCAGGUUUACGACCCGAAAACAAACAUCUGGGAAAGCAUGGAUGUUGGGCUUCGAGAAGGCUGGACAGGAUCAAGCGUGGUCAUUUAUGGGCACUUGUUCGUGGUCCCAGAGCACGAGAGGAUGCGGCUCAAGGUCUAUGACAUGGAAACCGAUUCUUGGGAGGCUGUAUUGGGUGCGCCUGUGCCAGAGCAGAUAUGCAAGCCCUUCUCUGUGAGUUCCAAUGAUUGUAGAAUCUACAUUGUUGGUCGGAACCUUCAUGUUGCUGUCGGGCAUGUUCGAAGGCUAAGCUGCAACAGCUCCUCUGGAAAGAAGAAGUGGAGCUUCUCUGUGCAAUGGCAAGCUGUCGAUGCUCCUGAAGCCUUCCGCGACUUGGCUCCUUCGAGCUCCCAGGUUUUGUUUGCAUAACCCGCCUCUCUUUAUGUGCCACUAUCAUCCAUUGCUUGUCAAAUUACUUGUAAUAACAAAACAUGCUGAAAACAGAAAUUUACUGUUGCAGCUCCGCAAGGUUGAGUCUGCUAGUGUUGUUAUUGUAUGUAUUUUAUGCAUCAGCUGUAUGGCUUGCUUCUAAGCUUUAUAUACUUAGAUUGUACCCUUGCUUUGUGGUUCACAGUGACUAAUUGCAUUCAAAUAUCCACUUCAUGUCUAAGCUUUACACUGA